UUGUGUUACGCUGCGAGCCUGGACGAAGAGCUGCUCCAGAAUUGCUUUGACCUGAUUGAGAGGACAAGUCGCCAUGAUUAUGCACCAAGCAGCAUUGGCUGGCAUGCCAAGCGAAAGCUGCGCGAGAUGAAGGAGAAGGAAAUGCGGUACAUCCUACUCUAUGGGAAUAAGGCGCAAGAUUUCGCAGGAUUCCUGAGCUUCAUGCUCACAUAUGACUCGGUGCCUGCUGUGCCGGUGCUCUAUGUGUAUGAAAUUCAUCUGGAAAAGGCGUAUCGAAGCAAAGGAGUCGGGAAAGGACUCAUGAGAAUAGCGGAAGACAUAGCGCGCAAAGUGGGCGUCGAGAAGAUCAUGUUGACAUGCUUCAGGAGCAAUGUCAAGGCGCGAGCAUUCUACGUGGCUCUGGGAUAUGUGGCGGAUGCCAGCUCACCAGAGGACCGUGAAACGAGGAACAAAGUCGUCAAGACUGACUAUGUUAUCAUGAGC